CUGAAAUUUACAGUACAGUGCGCUGCACAACUAACCCGACUUUCUGUAGCGCGCACUUGGAAUGCUAAGGACUACCUUGUACUCGUUCCAAAAAAUGCUCUUUACGGUUCUUGCACACUUUUGUUUCCACUAUCUUCAUGUUAUCAAAGAUUCGGAAGCAAGUUUCCCGUCCUUUCUUAGUGUUUUGUGCCUUUCUGCGGCUUGGUGGCUGCCCACUGCCAGUCGAAUGAUUCGUUGCUUGCCCAAGACGUUAUUUAACCCAACUUCUUGGUGUUUGGUAGACUUGCGCCAGUAACGCCUCAUGGCGUGCGAUUCGAGCUACUUACGCCAAAGGCACGAUAGGGUUUCAAAUUUACCUAUCACCAGGAGACGGACCUGACGAACCUUUCUUUUCCUGUUAACAUUCGUCGUCAGAGAAGUCCCAUCGUCUCAGACUGAACUUACCCCGCGCCACCACGAACUUUCGAAAGAGGUUCUGAAGUCCGGCCCUGCUAGACUGUCUCCGAGAUUCACAUGCAAGGUUACUCCGGAGAAUUCCACCACCUUCAGGUUCUAACAAGAAGUUUGUGCUUUCAUCGGCUUCACACCACACAUGUUCAACAACGCCUCGUCCGGAACAUCUCAACGCUAGACUCGGCUCAUAUCUGACAACUUCAAAACAUCUGACUCGAUGAUGGCAAGCUGCAUAUCUUCCGGACUCUACGGACGCUCCCGUCUUAUCUGCUUGGCUUUCUCGUAUCGAAGUGCCAUUAUUGACCAUGCUUGAUCAUGAUAUCAACUACUUCCAAGCUGCCAAAGCUUAACGGGUAGCUAUGUCCCAAGUUUCAUGUGCAGUAGUCAGUCCCCUGUAGUCAGUCCCCUUUAGUCAGUAUUUCUUGGAAGAAUUUAUACUCGAAUCGCUUCAUCGGAACCUUCCAGUCUCCACUUCGAGGUGAACAGUAAGCUAGGUUUUGGUACAGAGAGAUGCAGGGCGUCGUACAUAAGUUUGUCGAGGAACGGCAAGAUUCAGCCUCUUUUGUGUUCCGUGUGAUCUAUCAUGAGUUGAGCCGAUUAUUGAGAUAUGACUUGAAGACAAAUCCGAAAUAAAUAGGAUUGGUGAGGCGAGGCAUGGGAAAAUAGCUGUUCUUAACGCCCCAAGGCCACUUCACAUAUUGAAACAAUUGGGAGGAGCCGAUACCAACAGAUAGUCUAUCUACGUGGAAGGCUUCUUCAUAGCUUCCGCUUGAUGCUGAUAAUGGUGUCUCAGAGUCUCACAAUCUGAACUGUACGAUUCAACACGAAGAAGUAGUUGCUAGCCAAGGCUAAGGCUUCUCUUUGCCAAUUAGUCCACCACGUGAAUGUUCUGAAUUGAGACGAGCAGCUGCAGUUGCAUGAUUUCUUUUGGAUAUUUGACCAGCAUUCGCCAUCCUAGAGUAAUGCCAUGACUGUCAGGCCCAAUUAGAGCUCCACGUGAACGGCCUCAAGAUCGACACGAUUGUAUUGGGGCUGUAGUCGUGGUCGAUGUGGUUUCUUGUCCAUUGUCUUGGACAGAGAGGCGCGAGGCGGGAUUACAUUGCUCUUUGGUGGGGCCAGAUCAACUUCUUCUCUACGCAUCACACUUCCUUGACGUAGCUUCUACAACUCCACUGCAUCGUCGGCCACAAGCAUAUUUUCUCCUGAUUGACCACGACGAACUCUCGUUUCCGUUCCCUCGGCAGUAUAAUGCCGUGUCGGCCUUGUAGGCGAUGCGAAUAAGCUCAAUUUCCCCUGUGUCCGGCAUGGUCUCCGAAAGCUGCACCCUCCCGAGUCAAUUUACUUGUACAGCAGCAGAGCAAGAGCUAUGGAAGAUGUAGGCCGCCCCCCGGAGAGGACGAGGUCGAAACGAGAUCGAACUACCAAAGGCUCAAGAGGAGAGCGGACGAUAAAAAUACCGAGUACGGUAUCGAACUCAACUCCACGGACCAGUCUGCGACCAACCCUGGUGUCUCGAAGUUCUGCCCCUCUACCUUCAGCCAGAAUCACGGAACAGCCUCCGUUCGAAGACGACUUACGCGCCUACGUCCACCGAGACUCAGUGGCUUCGAUCAAGGACGAUCCGUUCUUCAAAAACUAUCAAACUCCUCACUCAGUGUCUCUGGGCCGCGAACUGAGAUCAGCUACCUAUGCAAAUGCAACUCCCUCGACAGCUCCUCUGGGCCUUUCGAUCGAAACAGCAGUGAACAAUAAUGUAUUUUCCCCUUCAUUUAAGAUUGCGUGAGCACGUCGACUGACUGGCAAUACUUUCUAGCCCCAAGCACGGAGUGGAAUGGCUGACAUCAACAUUGCGGUUAUUGGAAGUGCAGGUGUUGGGAAAAGUACACUUAUCCAACGCGCCUUUGGCUCGCGAACGGUGCCGACCUCCAUUGCCUCAAGCCAACGCAUGUCCGUUGACAAUGUCAUUUAUACUGUUAGCUUGAUUGAGCUUGAUAUCGAGUCCUUCGACAUUAAAUCCGAUGUGCGAAUACAAUGGCCGAAGCAAAUCAACGGACACAUUGUGCCGCGGAUGGACGGUGUUCUACUUCUAUAUGAUGUCAUGAAUAGGGAGAGCAUUGUUGACUUACCUCAAGCUCUAAACGGCCUCGUCCAUUCCUCUCUCCCAACGAUCUUGGUAUCUUGCAAAUGUGAUAAUCCUGAGAAUGCACGCCAAAUAGAUGUUGAAAAUAUGGAGUCAGCUUGUCACGCGUGUGUUGAGGCUGUCAAAACAGCUGAGAAUGUUCCGGAAAGUGCACGACUUUGCCUCUCUUCCAUGCUCAGAGCUAUCAUGGCGAACAGGAGUGGGCAAUUGUCGGCGUCUGCCCAAACGACAUCAGUUGCCGAUGUCCAGGGCGCCAGACGUCGAGCAACCUCAACUUUGGAGACACCUCCUGAUCCUUUAUCUAGACCCUUGAGUCAGAAUUCCAAGCAUAGUCGUGCAAGUUCGGAGUACUCCCUCCUCCGAGGGUAUUCCUCGCCGACCCACAAUUCUUCACGGGGACAGCAACCCGUGUUUCGGACUCACUUAAAUCAGCAGCUUACCUUACCGUCGCCCCACGAAGCACCGCCAUUAUCUUCGCAUCCCGCGUUUCGACAUGACAGCUUUCAAGCCACUGAGUCGAGUACUGGUAGUCAGGUCUUAAGACAGCGCUCUCCUAUUCAGUCUCCUGGCGCCGGUGGCCUAAUCGAUAAUUCCUUCCUCGACAUGGAAGAAUCGGAUCACGAUUCGUCGUACCGCUACUCGGACGACAUCCCAAUCCUGCAGCGUGAUGACAGCAAUUUUUUUGACAAACCUGCUAAAGUGGUUGGAGUUACCUUUGACGAAUUGGUAGACCGUCUUUUAGGGCAGAAUAUGACAAGGGCUGAUAACAAUUUUUCCGACAUCUUCCUCUGCUUAUACAGAAAAUUUGCUGCCCCGUCAGAGCUAUUCAACGCAAUCAUCAACCGACUGGAACGUAUUGCAGAUGACAAGAAUAUACACUACCUAACAAGGACAACGACUCAACUGCGGAUUAUAACUGUGGUCGCAAAAUGGGUUUCAAAUUAUCCUGGGGACUUCGCCAAUCCAACUACGAGUGCCAAGCUGGAUGCUUUUAUUGGACAGUUAUUUAAUGAUCCUGUAUUUGCUGCCGCUGCUCAAGAGAUGAAGUUGCAGCUCCAGUCACGUGUAUUUGAGGAUGAUGAUACAGGAUGGGCCAGGACAGAUGCAGAUGUGGAGAAUGAAGCCGGGGGUUAUGAAGAACCGCCAUCGCCAACUUCCUCACCAGUACGGCAAAGGACGCACACGAAAAGCGAUUUUGAGGACGAGAUCGGUAACUUCCACAUCGAUGAUGAGGGAGGCGAGGAGAUGAUGCGGAAAGAAUCUCGAGGCGACUCGUCCAUAUCAGGCCGUCCUCUCUCAGCUACCCAAUCUUUAUCACCCUCGUUUCAUACCGUAGAAGACUAUGAACGAGAAGCGGCUACGAUGAUACCAAAAGGGACUUUACCUCUUACAAAAUUUCGCUACCACAUUUUCAUGGACACGUCGGACGACGACUUUGCGGAUGAGAUGACCAGGAUAGACUGGGUCAUGUUCUCGUCGAUUCGACUGCGAGACCUUGUACGUCAUGUCAGCUUGCCUCUGGAGCAGAAGGAGAAGAUGACCAAUGUCCACCGAUUGAUCAACCACUUCAAUCACAUUGCUAAAUGGGUGACGAACAUGAUCUUAAUGAGAGACAAAGCGAAGCAUAGAGCCCUGAUGCUGGAGAAAUUCAUGAUGAUUGCGUUGAAACUGCGGCAAUUGAACAAUUAUAAUGGCCUCGCCGCUGUCCUCGCCGGCAUCAACGGAAGCGCCAUCCAUCGACUGACACUGACGAGAAACCUAGUCCCAGCGGAUGUUCAGAAGCGUUUCGCUAGACUGGUCAUACUCAUGGGCACUCAAAAGAGCCAUUUUGCCUAUCGUCUAGCGUGGGAAAAUUCCUCCUUACCUCGGAUUCCGUUCAUACCCCUUCACCGAAGGGAUCUUGUCUCUGCCGAGCAAGGAAGCAGGACAUUUGUAGGAUCGGACAACGAACGCAUCAAUUGGAAGAAGUUCGAGAUUCUGUCAGAGGUCAUCUUGCCUAUCAUGAAGAGCCACGUAGUACCAUAUCCAAAUCUAUCGAAGCACGAAGCAGCCCGAGAACUGAUUUUGGAUUGCAAGAUGCCUGUAGAUGACGAAGAAUCGUAUCAGCGAAGUUUACAGCUAGAGAGCUCGUCGGGACCUGUGGAGGUGGGAAAGAAGAAAUUCCCAUGGUUUCAGAAGGAGAAGUCAUGAACAUAAAUAUGUAUAGCAUUUUUGAGCGGCUAUUUGGCUGGUAUUCUAGUUCAUGGAUGGAAGAUUCUCAUGUAUGGCGUUGGGGUGUUCUUCACUUGGUGCGCAUACCCCUUAGUUCAAGAUUUUCCAGAUGAAAUUUUAGUGGAUAUUCCAAAGGAUCGCAUUCUGCUAGUAUUGUAGGGAGGCACCUUAUGCCAAAGCAUGGAUAGCUUAUGCUGGAUAUAAUCAAUUAUGUUUGGCCACAACAAUUGAAUCAUUUUCAACCAUC